CUUCAAAAAAUAAAAUUUUUCCAUCUCUUUUUUUCUUUCUUUUUUUUUCCUCCAUCUGUUCUUCUCAUCAUCUGAUAAUUAACCAGGAAAAUGUCGUUAGAAGGAAGAGAGAUUAUCAUUGGCUCCAAAUAUAAACUUGGUCGAAAGAUUGGUGCAGGUUCUUUUGGCGAAAUUUAUUUAGGAACAAAUAUUAUGAGUGGAGAAGAUAUUGCAGUCAAGUUAGAAAGUAUUCGUGCAGCUCAUCCUCAAUUAGAGUACGAAGCAAGAGUUUACAAGACGUUAGCAGGCGGUGUUGGUAUUCCUUUUGUUAGAUGGUAUGGAAGAGAAGGGGAUUUCAAUGUACUCGUUAUGGAUUUAUUGGGCCCUUCCAUGGAAGAUCUUUUCAAUUAUUGUAAGCGUCGCUUUUCGUUGAAGACCGUUUUAUUACUUGCGGAUCAAUUGUUGUCACGCGUUGAAUAUGUUCAUUCAAAGGGUUUCAUUCAUCGAGAUAUCAAACCUGAUAACUUUUUAAUGGGUAUCGGUAAACGUGGAAACCAAGUCAAUAUGAUCGAUUUCGGUUUAGCAAAGAGAUUUAGAGACCCAAAGAGCAAUGUACAUAUACCCUACAGAGAGAAUAAGAAUUUAACGGGUACUCCACGUUAUGCAAGUGUCAAUACUCACUUGGGAAUAGAACAAUCACGGCGCGAUGAUCUCGAAUCACUUGGGUAUAUCCUAGUGUAUUUCUGCAGAGGUCAAUUACCCUGGCAAGGAAUUAGAGCAAGAACCAAGAAAGAAAAAUAUGAUAAGAUUAUGGAAAAAAAGAUGACUACACCUGCAGACGCAUUAUGUCGUGGUUUGCAUCAGGAGUUCGCAAUAUACCUUAAUUAUGUCAGAUCUCUUCGCUUUGACGAUAAACCUGAUUAUUCUUACCUCCGUAAAUUAUUCCGAGACCUGUUUGUCCGUGAAGGAUUCCAAUAUGACUAUGUAUUCGAUUGGACUAUUCGUAAAUUGCAGGAAAAAAAGGCUGCUUACCAAAAUCCUGAAUUGAAUCCUGUCCAUUCAUAUAUUCCUGGCUCUGCUCCAUUUGAAGCAGGUCCUAGACGUUUAGCAACUGGCGCACCACUCCCGUCAGCAAAUCUUAGAGCUCCUUAUCGCUCAGAAACCAAAUCACCUGAAACCUCGAAGCGUUUAGAUGAUGUGAUGCUCCAAUACCAACAACAGCAAAAAAUGCUGCAACAUAAACCUGCUUAUUUUACCAACCAACCCACCAUAACUACCAACCAAGUACAACAGCAGCAGGUACAACAACAACAAGUGCAACAACAGCAGUUGACUUCGCCUACAUCGUACCAAGAUCCAUAUGCGUCCCAUUUAGGCUACACUGGCACUGGAGGAGGUAGAAUGUUGCAACAACAACAACAGUUAGGCGCUAAGUAUGAAAGAAAAAGAGUUUUGGCUGAUGAAGCCAACCCUAUUGAACCAAGCAUUGCUGAUCCUCUUUUUUCUGUCAAAAGAACACAUUUCCAUGCUCCCACGGGUUCUUCCAGUAGUAGACAACAACAAUACUUGAAUAAUCCCAAUACUUCAUUCCAUCCUGAUACCACCUCGCCCUCUUAUCUUCCUGAUAGUAAUGAUAAUAAUAAUCAAAAUCAAAAUACUAACAAUAGUAACAUGGCAAUGAUGGAUGAACGUGAGUACCCUAGACAAUAAAGCAAGGUUAUCUCAUUAAUCACUAUCAACUAGAAGGCUUUCUUUAAAUUAUAAUUAUACGUUAAAUCACAAAUUAUCAAUUUGGGAAUAGGUUUUUUAUUAUUAUUAUUUUUAUUAUUAUUGUUCUUAUUACAGGUUCUAAUAUAUGGGUUACCCUAUCGACCGAUUUUUCAUUACAUUUGCAGCAAAAACUCAUAUAUACACUCUCAACUACACCUCAAAUGAACCCUUUCCCCCCUCCCAAAAAAAAAGUCAUCAAUCAUAUACAAUAUAACCCCUCUCUUUAUCUUUUUUUUUUCCUAUUACCAAACAACUUCGUCUUGCUCCCUUCUAUUAUACACUACAUAAAUAUUCUAAAUACAAUGAUGAUGAAAUUCUUCUACGCUUAUCUGUGUGACGCGAC